AUGGAAGAUUCAACAGCAAUUAAUAAUGAACACGAACAAUUAGUUAAUCGACAAGCAGAUCAUACUGGUAUACUGAAUCCACGUGGACCAUAUUUAAAAUGGAUAGCUGUAUUUUUUAUGUGCUUCUUAUCAUUUGGAUCAUAUUAUUGUUAUGAUAAUCCGGCUGGUUUACAAGAUGUAAUGAAAGAUGAUUUAAAAAUUUCUUCAACAACUUUUACAUCAUUUUAUUCUUGGUACUCAUGGCCUAACGUUGUACUUGCUGCUGUCGGUGGUAUACUAAUUGAUAAGUGGCUAGGAGUAGCUCGUGGAGCAACAGUAUUUUGUGCAUUUAUUCUUGUUGGACAAGUUAUUUUUGGUCUUGGUGGUUAUUGGCGUUUAAUAUGGCUGAUGAAUGUUGGUCGAUUUAUAUUUGGUAUUGGUGGUGAAUCACUUUCAAGUGCACAAAAUGCAUAUGCUGUUUCAUGGUUUUUUGGAAAACAAUUAAAUUUUGUAUUUGGUCUACAACUUUCAUUUGCUCGUGUGGGAAGUUUAGUAAAUAUGAAUACAAUUCAUCGUAUUUAUGAUUCACUUGGUUCAGAUCUAACUGGUCCACAUCGUAUUGGUACAACACUUUUAAUUGCCGUAUCAACAUGUUUUAUUUCGCUAGCAUGUGCACUUAUUCUUUGGUCAUUAGAUAAUCGACGAAAAAAAGUUGUUCAAGAAGAUAAUCCACCAGAUCCAAAUGAUGAAUUUCAUAUUAAAGAUAUUCGACAUUUUUCUGCUUCACUUUACUGUGUAUUUAUUAUUUGUGUAUUUUAUUAUGUUGCUAUAUUUCCAUUUAUUGCUGCAGCACAAUUACUUUUUGAAUCGAAAUAUAAUUUAUCACCUGCUUGGUCAAAUGCAUGUAAUAGUUUAGUUUAUUUGAUGUCAGCUAUUCUUUCACCAUUCCUUGGUUAUGUUGUUGAUUUAACUGGUAGAAAUCUUUUUUGGUUAAUGGGUAGUAUAACAACAACAAUAAUUGCACAUGCACUUCUUGCAUUUCUAUUUGUUCAUCCUGUUGUACCUCUUGUUUUAAUGGGCAUAUCUUAUUCAAUAUUAGCAGCAUCACUUUGGCCAAUGGUUGCUUUUCUUGUUCCCAAAAAAAUGUUAGGUACAGCAUAUGGUUUUAUGCAAUCGAUUCAAAAUCUAGGUCUUGCUGUCAUGAAUAUAUUUACUGGUUUAAUUCUUGAUAGUUAUGGUUAUUUUAUGCUUGAAAUCUUCUUUAUCAUUUGUCUUGAAGUUGCUUUAUUAGCAGCUGCAUUUCUUUAUGUUUAUAAUUCAGUUAAAAAAGGUAUGCUCAAUGAUUCACCAACCGUUCGACGUGCUAAACAAGCUGAAGUUGAGGGUAAAACCGAUACUACAAUAAACAAUGUUGUUGAUUCACCAUUAUCACCUGAUGGAGGCUAUGACAACUAUUCUAAUGCUUAA